UCUAAACUCGUCAAUUAGUAACGUUUCUUUUAUCCAAAAAAAGAUUCUGGUAUGACCGUCCCGGCCUGUAUUUGUUUUUUUGCUCCAAUAAAUUAGUGCUACUAGCUGUUUCUGAGAAAGCAUAGUACACGAGCAGCGGUGCGCCGGUGCAGAACUAACACGAGUACUUAUCGGAGAAAGGAAAUAUAGAGACUGGCGUAUAAAAACUCAUAUUGAAAGACCCCUUUUACAUGCAUGUAGGAGAACAAGAAGAAGAAGAAGAACAGGACUGAUCUUUUUAGUUUUUAAAGCCUAUCUCCAAUUAUCUGGGUACAUUUUGCAUCUCAACUAGGAUAAGAAUGGAGGGCGGUCCACAUAAAGCAGAUAAAACAGAGUUCACAGAAUGUUGGAGGUCGAUAUGGAGAACGCCUUACAUCAUGCGGCUUGCCAUGUCUGCUGGGAUUGGUGGUUUUCUAUUCGGUUAUGAUACUGGUGUUAUUUCUGGAGCCUUGCUAUACAUUCGGGAUGACUUUAGAGCUGUUGAGCAGCACACAUGGCUACAGGAAAUGAUUGUGAGCAUGACAGUGGCAGGUGCCGUUGUGGGUGCUGCAUUGGGUGGAUUGCUUAGUGAUAAGAUAGGCCGAAAAAGAUCAAUUUUAAUAGCUGAUGUGCUGUUCUUUUUAGGUGCCAUUGUCAUGGCUCUUUCCCCCACUCCCUGGCUUAUAAUUAUAGGAAGAGUGUUGGUCGGUUUGGGAGUUGGAAUGGCUUCCAUGACUGCACCACUUUAUAUUUCGGAGGCCUCUCCGGCUAAAAUCAGAGGCGCUCUAGUCAGUGCCAAUGGUCUCCUACUCACAGGGGGACAGUUUCUGUCUUACCUUAUCAACUUAGCAUUCACCAAGGUACCAGGCACCUGGCGUUGGAUGCUAGGUAUUGCAGGAGUUCCUGCUUUUGUUCAGUUCAUGUUGAUGAUCUUUCUCCCGGAGUCACCAAGAUGGCUCUAUCGUCAGAACAAGGUAGAAGAAGCCAGGGCCGUGUUGGAGAAGAUCUAUCCACCUAGUGAAGUUGAACAAGAAAUAAGGGCUUUGCAUGAAUCUGUUGAGCACGAGAAAGCGGAAUCAAAAGCAAUUGGAGACAGUGUUUUUGCCAAGUUAAAGAAUGCUUGGGGAAACACUGUGGUUCGCAGGGGUCUCUAUGCAGGCAUAACUGUUCAAGUAGCCCAACAAUUCGUUGGAAUCAACACUGUCAUGUAUUACAGUCCGACAAUCGUGCAACUUGCUGGAUUUGCCUCAAACAGGACUGCGAUAGCACUCUCCCUCAUCACAUCUGGACUCAAUGCCUUCGGAAGUAUCAUGAGUAUGUGUUUUGUUGACAGGUAUGGGAGGAGGAGGUUGAUGAUCAUCUCGAUGAUAGGUACCAUAAUAUGCCUUGUUGUAUUGUCUGUCCUGUUCCAACAAGCUAGCAUCCAUUCCCCAGCCAUUAGUGUAAAUGAAUCCAAUCAUUUUGGAGUAAACUCUACAUGUCCCAGUUUCUUGAAACAACCAAACCCAGCAUCAUGGAGCUGUAUGUCAUGUCUCAGUGCAUCUGAUUGUUCCUUCUGCAGCAACUCUGCCAGCAAAUUUAACCCUGGGGCAUGCUUAUCUACUACAAGUGCUAUCGAAGGCCUGUGCAAAUCGGAAAGGCGUGAAUGGUACACUCAAGGUUGCCCGAGUAAGUUCGGUUUCUUUGCUGUCCUACUCCUAGGAGCAUACAUCAUAUCUUAUGCACCGGGCAUAGGAACGGCACCUUGGAUUGUGAACUCAGAGAUUUAUCCUUUGAGAUACCGAGGCAUAGGUGGAGGCAUUGCUGCAGUGUCUAACUGGCUGUCCAAUCUCAUUGUGAGUCAGACCUUCUUAACUUUGACUGAGGCAAUUGGUCCUUGGGGCACAUUCCUAUUGUUUGCUGGAUUUGCACUCAUUGGCCUUAUAGCCAUCUUCUUCCUUGUACCGGAAACCAAAGGGUUGCCAUUCGAGGAGGUUGAGAAGUUGCUGGAGAAAGGCUUCAGACCAAAGAUUUUUAGUUUUAAAUCGAAGGAUAAAGCUCCCCCAUCAUAGUUUUAAAAUGUGAUGUGUGAUUUUAGCUAAAUUACUUUCACACUGUCAUAUUAUUUACUAAUAAUAUUUUUAUCUGGUGUAAAUCCCUUAAAGAGGAAUGCUUAAUCUUGGCGUGCAUCCCUUAAAGGGAUUCAGGUUAAAGUUCCAUUUUUUUUUUGGAAAAUAUUUAAAACAUUUUGAAAAAUAUGUUAAUAUUUUGUUCUGCAACUAUAUAUUAUGUCGUGAAAGACUUUUAGCUUCACAUGGUUUUGAUUUGUUGUAAUAUUCAAUAUCUUAUUCGAGAGCUAGUUUUUGGA